AUGAAAGCCAAACUGUCGGCCUGCCUGCUUUUUCAAAUGGAAUACCGAACGCUGGUUGGCUACAUUGAGACUGUUAUUCCUCUGCUUUACGCGGUGUACAUCUCGAUUCUAGUGCGUUUACCAAGUGCCCAGUACUACCCUCAUGCGCGUUCUCUGACUUCAGAACAACUGAAAACGAGUAUCGCACUGUACUCGGCAAGUGAGAUUAUUUCUCUGACUUGGCUACACAUGAUGGUGAAACGCAAGCUCGGUUUUUCAUUGUUCUAUCAGUUGGCAUUUGUGCUGGAAACCGAGAUGGAGCAGCUUCAAGGCCGAUUAUUCGUGUGGAUUAUUAUUUUAUUGCAAAUCACGUUGACCCAUUUCGGUAUGGAUUUUACAUUCCGCUUUGCGUGGCUGGAUCAUUAA